UGUACAGAGUGUACAUGGUUAACAAGUCAACUACAAUAUAUAAGCUAUUAUGUGACCACAGUUAAACAAGUGUUCGACGUAAUACGCCUUCGAAUUUAUUUAUUAAUAUAUGUACCUAGUUACAAAGAUAGUUGUUUGCUUUUAAGAAUGUGUAACUCUGGCGAUACUCUUGAGUAUGUAGCAGCAUUAGAUAUUGGAACUACAACCAUCAGGUGUCAAAUAAUCAAUUCACUCACUAAUACAAUUGGAGCUGCGUAUUCGUAUGUCAAUCUGCAUUAUCCUAAACCAGGCUAUGUCGAAAUUCCUCCAGAUCACUUGUUGGAUGAAAUUGUGAAAGUUGUGAAGCUUGCAAUAAAAGAUGCAAAAAUUGAUGCUGCUCAAAUUAAAUCAUUAGGAAUCUCCACUCAAAGAGCUACUUUUAUAACAUGGAAGAAGGAUACAGGAGAACAUUUACAUAAUUUUAUAACAUGGAAAGAUUUAAGAGCUCUAAAAUUAAUCAAACAAGUUAAUUCAUCAUGGUUAGUUAAUGUUGUACGAUGGGCAGCAUAUUUCGUGUAUUUAGUAUCAAGAAAUAAGAAAUUUGGAGUCGGUAGUAAAUUAAAAUUUUCCAGCAAUCAAGUUUCGAUUAGACUUCUAUGGGUUUUAGAAAACAUAAAGGUGGUAAAAGAAGCUGUGACAAAAAAUAACUUAAUGUUUGGAACUUUAGAAACAUGGUUAAUUUAUAAACUUACAGGUGGCGAAACGUACGUAACAGAUAUUACUAAUGCAAGUGCCACUGGAUUGUAUGAUCCAUUUGAUUUAAAUUGGGGGAUUAUGAUAAAAUUAUUGAAUAUACCAAUAAAUAUAUUGCCUAAAGUGGUAAAUAAUGACUAUGAUUUUGGAAUGACUGAAAGCAUUUUUUUUGGAGUUCCUCUUAAAAUAGGUUGUGUGAUGGCAGAUCAGUCGUCAUCUAUGUUCGGUUGUUGCUGUUUCUCUAAUAACGAUAUCAAGGUGACUAUGGGCACAGGGGCAUUUCUUGAUGUAAAUACAUCUGCGAAAAUUCAUCCUAGUUUGAAUGGAAUGUAUCCCUUAGUAGGAUGGAAAACAAAUGAUGAAAUAAUUUAUAUGACAGAGUCAUCUUGUUUGGAUGCAGGCUCUCUAAUCCAAUGGAUGUUAAAUACCGAUUUUAUUAAGGAUCCUGUAGAAACUUCUGAAAUAGCUUAUAAAAUUGAUGACACUGAUGGGGUAUACUUUAUACCUGCAUUCAGUGGCCUAGGGCCACCAAUUAAUAAUGAAAAAGCUGCAACAGGCUUCAUAGGUAUAAAACCGACAACUUCUAAAGAACACAUGGUCAGGGCUGUGCUGGAAAGUAUAGUUUUCAGAGUUGCCCUUGCUUACGACUUAUUAAAAAAAGAGAGGUGUGAGAACUACAAAACAAUCAGAGUUGAUGGAGGUGUAUCGAAAAAUAAUUUUAUUUGCCAGAUGUUAGCAGAUCUGACUGAGCUCAGAGUCGAAAGACAAGCUUCUGAAAUGUCCGUGUUAGGAGUUGCAUUGCUUUCGGGGAUGUCUUGUGGCAUAUGGAGAGAUAAACAACAGUUAAAAGGAUUUCAUAAAACAGAACAAAUAUUUACACCCAGUACUUCAGAAGAAUAUAAGAACAAGUGUCAAAAUGACUUACGCAGAUGGAUGGUGGCAGCAGACAGAUUUAAAUCAUGGUAUAAAGAAAAUUAAAUAUAGAUAUUAAGUAAAUAUUGUUUUAAUGAAAAUCAGUAUAUUAUGUUUAUGCAUUUUUAUACUUUUUUAGCCUAUGAAUAAAAAUUAUCAAAAUGA